CAAAUGAUGUAACACACGGAAUGUUCCUGAAUCAACCUAAGGUCGAAAUAAAGCGGGGUGUUUCAGUCGAAGAGGCGAAGUGUUGUAUCGGAUUUCUUAGUACAACGUGCUCUUAAAUCUACCUAAUUAAAGAUGCCUAGAGGAAGCAGAAGCAGGACUUCCAGGAUGCCCGCUCCAGCCAGCCGGGCUCCACCUGCAGCCCGCGCUGCACCCCCUCCAUCUCACGCCCCGGUUCCGAUGCAGGCCCCUCCGUCUGCUGUAGGAGCUCCAGCUGCAGCACCCAGACAGCCUGGUAUGUUCGCUCAAAUGGCAACCACAGCCGCUGGCGUGGCAGUGGGUUCUGCAGUUGGACACACCAUCGGCCACGCCAUGACCGGAGCCUUCAGUGGAGGCAGCUCGGAGCCUACCAAGCCUGACGUCACAUACCAGGAGCCGUACCAGCAGCAGCCCCAACAGCAGUUUCAGCAGCAGGCUUGUUCCUACGAGAUGAAACAGUUCCUCGAGUGUGCCCAAAACCAGGGUGACCUGAAACUCUGCGAGGGAUUCAGCGAGGUGCUCAAGCAGUGCCGGUUUGCAAAUGGUCUAUCUUGAACCGAAGACGAGUCCUGCAGCAUGAAGAUCACACAUCAUCAUUAGAUACUAGCAGAGUGUAACUUUAAAGGGAGCAGUCAAUAAACGAGCUUUGUUUCAACAACUAAUUGUAUUCAGACAUCUGUUAUUUGUGGGAACGCUGCUGCAAAUUUUGUAAUCAGUCAUAAAUAUUGUUUAUAUAUUUGCUGUCACGUUUUGAAUCGGUUGUAAUCUUGGCAGUGUUCUUUAGUAUGUUUUAAUUAAAAUUUCCUCUCAAAAAGUUAAACAUUAAGAUAUUUUAGGCACAAUAAUCCUAAUGUUUGCCUGGAACAAGGAGGGAAAAAAAUGAAUAAAAGAUUUGGAUCAUAAA